GUCCUCGUCCACCUAGCCACCGGCGAGGCGAAGCUCAUCGACUUCGGGUGCGGCACGAUGCUCGAGGACACGUUCUACACCCGGAUGCCAGGAAUGCCAGAGUACAGCCCACCGGAGUGGAUCCUCUUUGGCUGCUACCAAGGCCAGCCAGCCACCAUCUGGUCCUUGCGCAUCCUGCUGUAUGAGCUGGUCUGCGGGCACCUUCCUUUCCACACCAGUGAGGACAUCAUCUGCGACCAGCUCUUCUUCCCGCCCCAGGUAUCUCAAGAAUGCCAGCACCUCAUCAGGUGGUGUUUAUCCAUGGAUCCCACAGACAGAUCAUCCUUAGAAGACCUUUUUGAGCAUUCUUGGCUGCAGGACCCCCAUGUGGCUCAGGAGACAGCAGAGAUCCAUCCCUCUGCACAGUAGGAUCCAGCAAGUACCAGCUGCAUGUGUCUGGUGGCCCUGGAUGAAAACGCCAGAGCAUUUCUCUGUGGCUGUGGCACAGAGGAGACAGUGCAGCCUAGGAGAUGCUUCCACUGGUCUCUGGCAAGGUGUGGAGGGAACUCAGUGCUCCCUGUCCUGUUGGGAGAAUUGGUGGCAGAGCAGUGAAGUUGCCACAGACUGGAAAAGGGGAAACAUCCCCCUGCAGCUCAAUGGCAUCGUGAUGUCCCCACAAGCCGAGGCACAGCUGACGUGUUCUCCUGGAGCACGACGUGGAGCUGGGAACACCAUCCUGGAGCUGGCUGCUGGCAGGGCAGAGCCAAUUGGCUUUGGCUGCGGCCCCUGCCUGGAGGACACGCUCUGCACCCCGAUGGAAUCAAGAUGAGUCCCCAGCUGGUGCAGGGACGGGGGAUGCUUGUGCUCCCAGGCAUGGCAGGGCUCGGCUGGACCAGGUGCUGGAGGUUCCCUGCUCAGUGGCAAUGGGUAUUAUUAAUUUUUCUGCCGGUCCCCAAGCUGCUUUUUGUCAGGACAGGGGAUUGGAUGUUGUGGAAGGGGAACUAGCUCCUGGCCUUGCUGACAGCUUCUGCCAGCCAGCCUGGGGCAGGGGCAGCCAGCCUGACAAAAGCAUCCAUCCGUGUGGAUGGGGGGCAGCAGAGGGGGACAGGUUCCGAAGCCAUGACCUAGCUGGUCUGCUUUGCAGGGCCUUGAGGAAGUGGUGGGUUUAUGGGAGGGAAAGGUGGGGUUUUUCUCCACUCAUGAAGAGGUUUAAUUCUCAUAUGGAGUGGUCAGACCUUCCUAGGCCUGUGAUACAGUGAUAACCUUUGACAGAUUUUCUUGUUUCCAGGUCUUGUUUUGAAUUGAUUGUCACACAAUUGUUCUUUUUUUUCUUUUCCAGGAAGAUUGCACCUAGUGACCAGACCAGACGGGGAAGCACCUGAACUGUCCGUGGAGCACGUCCAGUGCCAGUGCUGCCCUGUAGGGGGCAUCCCCUUCAAGAAGGACAAGGAUCUCCUGCAGUAUCAGCUCCUCUCCUGGCAGCAGGUCUCUAGAUGUGGGUGCCCGGCUCCACAGCUGGGCUGGCAGAAGAGCUCCUGGCAGACAGGAGCGGGCACACGGGCAUCAUCCCACUCUUGCAGCUGAGGAGGUUGCCAUGCUGUGCUGAAGCGGAGCGUGUGGAAUAUGGAAUGCCAUGCUGCUCUCCUCUAAAACAGAGAAUGGGUUGGGAGUGUGGGCUCUGAGCAUAGCCAGCAGCCUGGACUGGGAACAGGCUGUGGUGGGACAGGGGGGACAGGAGCCUUCUGUGACUGACCAUGGCUCUCUGGUUUCUCUUUCCAGGCUGCCAGCACCUCAUGUGAUGGAUACAGCACUGCUCGGCCUGCUGGUCUGGGAGGGCUGGAGGGCAGCGGGUGUUCAUUUGCAGUCCAAAAUAAAUCAUUGUGUUGUUG